GGGCGAGCUAGACACCGUCCCCAAGCCAUGGUCCCUACCAGCCACGGCUCAGCCUGGGUCCCUCUGCUCCCGACCCAAGUGCCCAAAGCAGGCUUUGGUUUCAUGUCAGCAGCCUUCAUCUGCCUUCCAAAAAUAAGCCCCUGCCGCCAUGCUGAGGGGAGAAAAACAAGAAGGGCGGUAUUUUUAGGGCCAUUAAUUCUGACCACGUGCCUGAGAGGCAAGGUGGAUGGCCCUGGGACAGAGGCUGUUCAUCACUAUGUCCCGGGGAGCAGGACGUCUUCAGGGCACGCUGUGGGCUCUUGUCUUCCUAGGCGUCCUAGUGGGCAUGGUGGUGCCCUCGCCUGCAGGCACCCGCACCAACAGCACGCUGCUGGACUCCAGGGGCUGGGGCACCCUGCUGUCAAGGUCUCGAGCUGGGCUAGCUGGAGAGAUUGCUGGAGUGAAUUGGGAGAGUGGCUACUUGGUGGGGAUCAAGCGGCAGAGGAGGCUCUACUGCAACGUGGGCAUCGGCUUUCACCUCCAGGUGCCCCCCGACGGUCGGAUCAGCGGGACCCACGAGGAGAACCCCUACAGCCUGCUGGAGAUUUCCACAGUGGAGCGGGGUGUGGUGAGUCUCUUUGGAGUGAAGAGUGCCCUCUUCGUUGCCAUGAACAGUAAAGGGAGAUUAUACACAACGCCCAGCUUCCAAGAGGAAUGCAAGUUCAGAGAAACCCUCCUGCCCAACAAUUACAAUGCCUACGAGUCAGACCUGUACCGAGGGACCUACAUCGCACUGAGCAAAUACGGACGGGUAAAGCGGGGCAGCAAAGUGUCCCCAAUCAUGACUGUCACUCACUUCCUCCCCAGGAUAUAAGGACCCUCAAAGAAGGCUCACAGAUUGAAAGCAACAUCUUUUGUUUUGGAAUUUUGCACAAAUGAACAAUUCCCCUUACCUCCCACCCCCCAUGACUCCUCAGUCAGGCUUUUCCUGUACUUGGGGAGACCUGAGUUGGUUCCCUGGGUGACCGGACCCCAUGGUAUGUAACCAACCCAAGAGAGAGGUUACGACCAACAUCCUAGAAUGGCAAUGGAUGCAUGCUGUGACCUCAACUGAGGAAAGAAUAUGACCACGUGCACAGGAAAAGGCCAGGGUGGGAGUAUUCGUGUGUGUUGAUGUAUAUCCAUACAUCUUCAUGUAGAUGGUCUGAGAAAAGUCAUUGCAGAGCAUUGGGUUUCUUUCUCCCAGUAUCAUUGCUGCAGGAAUCUGCCUGCAAGAAUGUCACUUGUCAAACCAGCUGGAUUGAUGUGUGUGCCCAUUCUGCCUCUUUCCAAUCAUUCUUCCAUCCAGAGGCCACUUAGUGCAUGCAUGGGUUGCAUGGGUGGUGGGGCACAGCUGUCCUCUAAGGGUAGGGAGGGCAGGGUGGGAGGAAGUAGGGUUUAACUGCAAACCAGAAAGAAGGUGGGCAGGUUCCAAACUUCCUGUCUGUGAGGGCUCUGGGGCUGCCCUGUCUGGGGAGCUGGGGGAGAAGGGAUGAUCCUCUUCUUGGAGAAAAGGGCUAGAGCAGUGUCUCGGGCAGUUGAGGAAGGCCUGCUGUAAGCAGCAGAAGGGACUGGAUGUUCUAUGGAGUGCCAUUCUGCCUGGAGGAUUCAGUGCUGCAUGUGGCUCCAAGAACACGCUGGGGCCAGGCUGCCUGCCCAUAACUUUUCCUCACUUUGAACUGGGUCUUAUUUUAACCUCAGAUGACAAGGAUCCUAAUAAUGGCAACCUGUUUGGCGAGGGGUAAGGGGAUGCAAAAUAGGGCAUGAAGGAAGUAGAGAGGCUUUGGACUGCAGAUGAUAAUUCCUCUCCAGCUACGUCCAGGAAACUCACCCAAGUCCUCAUCUGAUACUCUCACUUCCUUCUUGGUCAUCAUCAGUUUGCAUACACGCUGAUGCCUGGAUGCAGUAGAAUGGGCACCAUGACCUCCAGAGUUUGCCCCCUCCGGCCCCUCUACAGUAAGAGAAGAGUGAUAAUCCUGUGAAAUCAAGCAGCCAAACUGAAACAGCUCCUUGCUGUACAAUGCCUUCUUGCCUCCUGUCCUUUGAGAGUAUUUAAAGCAGAGGUUCCCCAAGUGACUAUAAAUGUUGUCUGCCUGGAGCCUUCAGAUUCCUGAACCAUUGGAAUGUUCCUAAAUCUGAAACCAGAGAGAGCCAUAUCAGAGUGCAAAUAUUUUCGGCAUACAUGAACCAUCAAGUUACAAAAUGACCUGACACCCUGCUGCUUUCAGGGGCCCCUGCAAGACAACCCCUCAUCUGCUGCAAAUACCUUCAUCUUCGACAUACCUCUCUAUUUGCAGAUGCGGCCAUCUAUAGAUAGAUCUGAGCUGAGCGACUGUGAGAUGGACAUGGAGGUUGGAAACCAAGGGAGACAUCAUAUUGACUACUUUCUGCCUGGUGCACAUCAGGGAGGGCAUGUGCUGGGUGAGGAGGAAAAGGCCACACCAAGGUGAGCAACCAGAAAGACUGAACAGACAGUAAGAGCUUGGGAGCAAGAGUGGACAUGGCCAAGCCUUGGAAGCAACGGGAAGGAGCUGGGGUCUUGGGUCAAAUGGGAGAAAGUUGGUCCAUCUUGAACAUUUAGAAUACUAGAAGUGCAGUUCUGCUUGGAGGCAGAGUACAAAGCUGAUUAUCUUGUCCAGAGUAAUUGACUGGCCUCUUUGACAGGGUACAUCAGACCUGAGUUGCACUCAGGACCUAAGGCACGUAUCAGUUUCUGAUGGGAUGUACUGGCAGUGCAGGAAGGCUGGGUGGAUGGACGGACAAUGAUCUGGUGAGGAGAAAAGUUUUAGGUCCCAAAGCGUUAGCUCCUUUCUUCCUAAAUCUCUGAGCCAAUUUGGCGUGAGAGGGGACACACUUCUAAAGAGAGGCCUCAGAUUGCUAGACCUUUCCUGCAUCUCUCUAGAGGCUCCUAAAAGGGCCAAAAUACUGACAAGGAGUUCCCCCAAAUGUCCACUCCCAUUUUUCAUGCUAAGAGUGAGAAGGAGAUGCUAUGACAUGCCUAGGACCAGGCUGCCUUGCUAUUCAGUCACUACAUGGAGGCACCAGCACACCAUUUGCUGGACAGGAACUGGUUACUAGCAGCCGGGCAUCUGUUCAAACCGGUACCAAAGCCUACGUUGCACCAGUUGCUGAACAUUCUGAAUAUAUUCCUGGAUGGGGGAUGCAUCGUUGACUCGUUAAAACUCCUCCUGCUAGAGGAGGUCUCUCCCAAGAGCUUUCUCUUUGACCUGUAAGUGGCUUAGGACAAGUCACUGUCCAUCCACAGAAGUGGGUUAAGGGGCAGGAACAAAGGAAGACCAGCAAGUUCAGUCCCUUCUUGCCUGCUACUGUGUCUGUGCAUAGGCAUGCAGAGUUGUCUCCUGUCUGAUCAUCACAUCUAAGGAUUCCUGGACUCAGCUCUCAGCCCUGUUGGAUCCAAAAGGCAGCAGCAGGGGGACAGAAUGAACCUCACCUUCCUGCUGCCAUGUAUUACAAACAAUUUGGGUCCUUUCUCCCCCAGAUCCUUAGCUGUGACCCUGGUUUACAGAGUUUGGUAGUCACUGGCUUCCCUCUUAUCUUGAACCUUCUCUGGCAGCUCCAUGCAAACUUGGGCCUCCAAGAGCCCAGAUGCUGCCUUAUUCCUUUUUCAAGAACAAAUGAUAAAAAUGAGAGCAACAUAUGUGCACACCCUUGAAGAUGAACUUCUCAGCUGGGGAAGGUGAGGUCAGAACCAAUAGGGGAGCUCCAGGCCCCUUGUAGAAUCUGCACCUUCCUCAGGGCAAUGGAUGGACCUCAGAGGAAACCAGAAACCAACUGCCUCAUUGAAGCUGUUGAUUAUAUUCACUUCAUCACUCACUGCCUUCUAACAACACUUCCCUUCCCACUUGCCAUGCGUUUUUGAACCUCCUUUGGAAAGAAGCAUAUAAUUUUGUAAUUAAUACCCUUCACCAUUACCCUUCACAGCCUAAUACCUCUGCCGCCAUGUCCCACAACACGUCCAGCACACACACUCCAAGCCCCUGGUGAGGGCCAUUCUGUGGCUUAGGAAAGAGAAUAUUUUCUCUUAUCAUCUGAUCUAGGCUAUGAACCUUUCUCCUUUCUAGACAUAGGAUUUUCCCAGGCCAAUAACCCAGGCCUGAAAGUCUCUCCUAACCUAAUCCUCUGCUGGGAAGCUUGGAAUUUUUCUCAUGAUGGUGCUGGGCCCCUUUCUUGUCCUAGACCUCAGUGCCUCCAAGAUAUCACUCUGUGCAAUCCUAGGAGAGAAGGACGUAUGAGAGUCCACAAGUUGUAGUUUUCCUUCCUCCCAACUUUGUUUUUUAAAUGUUUUUAUUAUUUAUUUUUGAGAGAGAGAGACAGAGACAGAGUGCAAAUGGGGGAGGGGCAGAGAGAGAGGGAGACACAGAAUCUGAAGCAGACU